AUGUUACUGAACCCCGUCACCUCCACUCCCUUUUCGGUCAAUGACAUUCUGAGCCUGGAGCGUGAGCAUCUCAGCCCGGAUGCCUUGCAACUCCAGAGAACACCGAGGAGCCCGGAAAACUUUCAGUACCUGCGACGGGUCCCAGAACAGCGAGGGUCUGAGGUCCCCAGCAUCCGGAGCACAGACAGCGAAGACAGAAGGCAGGAAGGGUCGGAGCCUUCCGGGGAUCCCUGUGAGUUAGUCACAGAGAUGGAUGCUAGACCGGUGGGUGAGCCAGAGUCCGUCCUCUGCGGAGCCUCGUUCCCUGGCGGUGGGACCCGGGUGCCUGAGCGCUGCGAAGGGGACAGCGGUGGCGGCGCGCGCGGGGACGGCGCGGAGCAUCCCACUGCACGGCCCCGGCGGAAGCCGCGCGUGCUCUUCUCGCAGGCGCAGGUGUUGGCGCUGGAGCGGCGUUUCAAGCAGCAACGGUACCUGUCAGCCCCGGAACGCGAGCAUCUGGCUAGCGCGCUGCAGCUCACGUCGACGCAGGUCAAGAUCUGGUUCCAGAACCGACGUUACAAGUGCAAGAGACAGCGCCAGGACAAGUCCCUGGAACUGGCGGGCCACCCCCUAGCGCCGCGCCGGGUGGCGGUGCCCGUGCUGGUGCGCGAUGGCAAGCCCUGCCUGGGACCCAGCGCUCCCGCUUUCCCGGGCCCCUACGGGGCGGCAGCGGCGCCCUAUUCCUGCUACGGCCACUACGCGGGCGCUCCCUACUGUGCCGGCUACGGCGGCGGCUACGCGGGCGCACCCCCGGGUCCCGCGCCCCCAGUCCCCCAGGCCAGUUCGGGCUUCGGCGCAGGUGGGCCGAGCGCCAGCCCGCAGAGCCCUCUGCCCGCCACGCUGCAGGGUGUCAGGGCCUGGUGA